AUGACAUCUUCUCUAAGAACUGACUAUACCUUAAUUCCUAACCAGAGAUAUCGACGUAGCUAUCGUCAUUCCAACAAAGUCAGCAAUACUCAAGACACAGAGUCUUCAGCUCAGUCAACCCUUGGGAAUUUCAAAACACUCCCUUUAGAAAUAUUUCACAUGGUUUUACAGUAUCUGCCAGUGAAGGAUAUCAGCAUGCUAAGCAUGGUAUCAAAGACUAUCGGCAACCGCCUUAUUAAUUACAUCUCAACUCCUACAGGAAACAAAAGGCUUUUGGUGCAGAACUUUCAUAAUUCCGAAUUCUCUGUCUGCCGGUUGGGAUUCUCCAUUCUAGAGCACUACAGAUGCUUAGGCCUGUUACUGAAAAGGUGUACCUUUCUGCUUCCUACAAAGGAGAGAUUGAAAUACAUACAAAAGAUAUUUGCAGAAGUUUCCUGUUUUAAGCUUAAUGGUUGCACAGAUCCAUUGCACUGUUCAGGACUACUGUGUUAUGGGGUGUUUUUACAGACCUUAACAGCUGGCUGGGAUGAACUAGAAUGUCAUCGGGUUUACAAUUUCCUUUGUGAUAUGAGCAAUUUAGCUCGCAGAGUACAGACAGUUGUCAGCAGCAAACCUGGAAGUGCUCGAAAGUUGGAACUGAGGAUAAGGAUAUUUUGCCGGAAUGUUCUUCUGAACCAUUGGAUCCAUCAUGGUGAUUCUGCAUUUUGGCUGUCACGUAUUUUGAAGCCAUGGCCAAUGGUAAAUCAAGCUCGGCUACUCUAUAUAAUAUUUGGGCCGGCCUGUAGUCUGGAUGGGCAUGUCGUUUGGCAUAAAAUGAUUGAUGGUCCAACUGACGAAACAAGUUUGAAAGGACUGGCAGAUGCUAUUAAACUACUUUAUGAUAUAGAAGCAAAAGAGUGGACAGCAGAUGAUGUCAUAAGUCUGGUGGACGAACUUUCAGUAGUUCCUCGGGAAUGGCUUUUGGAGAACAGCGCCCGGCUUCUUAUCUUGUGUGGAAACAAUAUCUGCUUCACUUUUAUGGCUAGCAAAGCUGUGAAUGGCCGAGCUAUUGAACUGGCAAGAUUGGUGGUUUUCUUGGCUUUGGUGUGUGAGAAAGACCUCUAUUGCAUGGACUGGGCUGUAAAAAUGAUGCAGAAAGUCUGCAAGGUUUUCAGUACCCCAACUGAAAGAAACAACUUCUUGCAAAGUGUAGAGAAUGCUUUUGCACAGAUUAUCAUGGACGCGCUACAGUCAGUGAUAUCAGGGGUGCAUGAAGAGGAAGACAGCAGCUUCUUAAAUCUAUUCCAUCUUGUGAAUGCACAAGCAAAUUUUCACAAAGAAAUCCUCUAUCUAACCAUGGACAACAGCUUGUGAAAAUAUUUGGAGUUUGGAAAGUAACUCUCCAUCAGCAGUUAAACAAACUCCUUUUGCUCUUAUUUUUCCUCUUUCUCUCAUGGUGCCAGUACUCUCGCCUACCAUACUCAAAAUGACUCCAAAAUAUAUUUCUGGCUUUAAAUUACUGCUCAGUUACAACUUUUCUGUAAUUCUCAGUGAAGUUGGAAUUAUAUAUUUAAUACUAAAAUAUAUGCUGAGAUCAACGUUUUAAUUGUAAAUAAACCAUGUCGCCUAAAAUGUUUCUAUUUAUAUAACAUUGCAUUAAACAAAAAUGAGAAAUAAUGAGUACACAUUAAAGACUUUUUGUUUUAUGUGCAUUAUUCAUAUUCAAGAAGACACCAAGGCACGUAGAAAUUAGAGUUGCACAGAGUUUUAUGAU